AUGGACACAACCAAGUCAAAAAGUGAAUCGGAAGAAUUUGAAAGUGAACCUCCAAAUAAAAAGAUCAAACGGAUUGAUUCGAGUGAUCCAGAUCAGCAGACUGUUUUUAGUUCUUCUACUAGAAAGCCAGCCAUGGAAUGCAACAGAAUCUCCUACCAGGUCGAUUUACUACCUGCAGAACAGCUCCUGCGAGAGCUUCUUCUCGACUGUCGAGAGCACAUCCUCCAAACGCGGGCCGCCACCUCCACCAAGUCUACAGCACAUGAAGAAGACAGCAAAGGUGAAAUUGAAAGCCCCAAGAUCGAAAUGUGGUUCGUCGGCGGUUGGGUCCGCGACAAACUCCUGGGCAAGCAAAGCGCCGACAUCGACGUGGCACUCAGCAGCGCAAUGACGGGCUCUGCAUUCGCGCGUCAUCUGGAAGACCAAUUCCUCGCAGAAGGGGGAAAUACAGCAGCAAAAUACAAGCAAGAAGCUGCUAGACGCGGCGUGGAGACCGCUGAGAUUCGAGGAUUCUAUCAUAUUGAGCGCAACCCCGGCAAAGGGAAGCAUUUGGAGACUACGAGUGCGCAGAUAUUUGGGCUGGAGGUUGAUUUUGUGAAUUUGAGGAGCGAGAGUCUUUACCAAGAGCAGGAAAAAAAGAAAGAGACCUUAACAUUCACCUCGGCCCCCGAAGAAGACGCCCUACGCCGCGAUGCCAACAUCAACGCGAUAUUCUACAACCUUGAAACGCAACAGAUUGAAGAUCACACCAAAAAGGGCCUGACGGAUAUCCAGAGCCGAGUGCUCCGGACACCGCUAGAUGCACGCAUCACGUUCACGGAUGAUCCGCUACGGAUGCUGCGGUUGAUCAGACUUGCGAGCACGCUUGGAGGCGGGUUUACGAUUGAUGAUGCUGAUGGUACGCAGCAGGCAAUGAAGGAUCCGGAGAUACAGUUGGCCCUGAGGACGAGGAUUAGUCCUGAGCGGAUUGGGGGUGAGGUUAAGAAGAUGUUGAUGGGGCCUGAUCCGGUGGCUGCGUUUCGCUGGAUUUACGAGCUGGGGCUUUAUGGGACUGUGUUUUUGGAUUUUGGGCAGGAGAGCUUGGAUAUGAGGCGUGGUGGUGGAGAUGAUAGUGGCCAUCCGUGGCCGGCGACAUGGCUCCGUGCCUGCGUGGCGUUGGCAGAGCUGCUGCUAAAUGCCGAUAGCGACGUUGCGAAAGAGAUCGCUCAGACUGAAGAUCGUGAGAUGGUCUGGCUGAUGGCCGCAUGGUCUCCGCUGGUGCAACUGCGGGGGGAUGUCAACGCCGAUGGGACAAUAGUCAAAGCCGCCGCCAAAGCCAUUAAUGCUGCGACCAAGAAGUGGAAAGCGCUGGGCGAAUCGUUCAAGAAUAUGGACGACAUCCGCUCAACCAUCGACGCAGUGAAUCAUCACAGCAACCCACCCCCCCGAAGAAGCACAAUCGGCGUGGCCAUACGAUCCUGGGGCGUAACCUGGAGACUACAAGCCCUAUACUCCCUGCUCUGCGAGCUGAUGGCUACGCCCGAAGAGCAGCACGACCAGCUCACCAACCGCUAUGCCGUCUUCCUGCGCUGUGUAUCCUCGCACGACCUGCACGACGCAGCGACACUGAAACCGAUCCUGGGCGGGGCCGACAUCAAAAGCAUGUUCGGGCUAAAGAAGAGCGGAGCGUUCAUGAAACCUGUUUUCGACGCGGUGCUGCGCUGGCAGUUUGACCAUGCUGGAGCGACGAGGGCGGAGGCGGAGGCGUGGCUUCGGAGCGAGAAGGCGAGCUUGAACAUUCCCGACUCCGACGCGCUGAUUGGCUGCCCGCCUGAAACACGCUAA